UCCUUGAAAAGGAAAAAAAAAAAUGCAUCCUCCAGAAACCACCACCAAGAUGGCUUCAGUUCGGUUCAUGGUGACACCAACAAAGAUCGAUGACAUUCCAGGUUUGUCAGACACCAGCCCGGACCUCAGCUCUCGGUCUAGUUCCCGAGUAAGAUUUAGCUCCCGGGAAAGUGUGCCUGAAACAAGCCGCAGUGAACCUAUGAGUGAGAUGUCAGGGGCCACCACUUCAUUGGCAACCAUUGCCCUGGAUCCAGCCAGUGACCGGACUUCUAACCCCCAGGAUGUUGCUGAGGACCCGAGUCAGAACUCCAUCACAGGGGAACACAGCCAGCUGUUAGAUGAUGGACAUAAGAAAGCUCGAAAUGCUUAUCUCAAUAACUCCAAUUAUGAAGAAGGGGAUGAAUAUUUUGAUAAAAACUUGGCACUCUUUGAGGAAGAAAUGGACACCAGGCCAAAGGUGUCUUCUCUCCUCAACCGCAUGGCCAAUUACACUAAUCUGACACAAGGAGCAAAGGAACAUGAAGAAGCGGAGAACAUUCCUGAAGGGAAAAAGAAACCUACCAAGACCCCCCAAAUGGGUACCUUUAUGGGUGUCUACCUCCCAUGUCUACAAAAUAUUUUUGGAGUGAUCCUGUUUCUACGCCUUACGUGGGUGGUAGGCACAGCCGGAGUUCUGCAGGCCUUUGCAAUUGUCCUUAUCUGCUGCUGCUGUACAAUGUUGACUGCUAUCUCCAUGAGUGCCAUUGCUACUAAUGGAGUAGUGCCAGCUGGAGGCUCAUACUUUAUGAUUUCCCGGGCCCUGGGCCCAGAAUUUGGUGGGGCUGUUGGCCUCUGUUUUUAUCUUGGUACAACAUUUGCAGCAGCCAUGUAUAUUCUUGGUGCCAUCGAAAUUUUUCUGGUGUAUAUCGUCCCCCGGGCUGCCAUCUUUCGCAGUGAUGAUGCAUUCAAGGAAUCAGCCGCCAUGCUAAAUAAUAUGCGUGUCUAUGGCACAGCCUUCUUGGUCCUUAUGGUAUUGGUGGUGUUCAUCGGUGUACGCUAUGUGAACAAGUUUGCUUCACUUUUCCUGGCCUGUGUCAUUGUAUCCAUCUUGGCCAUCUAUGCUGGAGCCAUCAAGUCUUCCUUUGCUCCUCCGCACUUCCCGGUCUGCAUGCUGGGCAACCGCACCCUUUCAUCAAGACACAUUGAUAUUUGCUCUAAGACCAAGGAAAUGAACAACAUGACAGUCCCAUCAAAGUUAUGGGGCUUCUUCUGUAACUCAACCCAGUUUUUCAAUGCUACCUGUGAUGAAUACUUUGUUCACAAUAAUGUCACUUCAAUCCAGGGCAUUCCUGGAUUGGCUAGUGGUAUCAUUACAGAGAAUCUUUGGAGUAAUUAUCUACCAAAAGGAGAAAUCAUUGAAAAGCCCUCAGCCAAAUCUUCUGAUGUCUUAGGCAGCUUAAAUCAUGAGUAUGUUCUUGUUGACAUCACCACCUCCUUCACUCUUCUGGUGGGAAUCUUUUUUCCCUCUGUUACAGGUAUCAUGGCUGGAUCAAACCGGUCUGGAGAUCUGAAAGACGCUCAGAAGUCUAUUCCCAUUGGCACUAUCCUCGCCAUCCUGACAACUUCCUUUGUUUAUUUAAGCAAUGUUGUCCUUUUUGGAGCAUGUAUUGAAGGAGUUGUUCUUAGAGACAAGUUUGGGGAUGCUGUGAAAGGUAAUUUGGUGGUUGGCACCUUAUCUUGGCCAUCCCCAUGGGUGAUUGUUAUUGGCUCCUUCUUCUCAACGUGUGGGGCUGGACUACAGAGUCUUACAGGUGCACCACGGCUGUUACAGGCUAUUGCCAAGGAUAACAUUAUACCAUUUCUUAGAGUUUUUGGUCACAGCAAAGCCAACGGGGAACCUACUUGGGCUUUACUUCUAACUGCUGCCAUUGCAGAGCUGGGAAUCCUUAUUGCCUCCUUGGAUCUUGUGGCUCCAAUCCUUUCCAUGUUUUUUCUCAUGUGUUACCUCUUUGUCAACUUGGCAUGUGCCUUGCAGACAUUACUUCGAACACCCAACUGGAGACCCCGGUUCCGCUACUACCACUGGACUCUCUCUUUCAUGGGAAUGAGUAUCUGUCUGGCUCUAAUGUUUAUUUCUUCCUGGUAUUAUGCCAUUGUAGCUAUGGUGAUAGCUGGUAUGAUCUACAAGUACAUCGAGUACCAAGGAGCAGAGAAAGAAUGGGGUGAUGGUAUCCGUGGGCUGUCUCUCAGUGCAGCUCGAUUUGCUUUGCUUCGUCUGGAGGAAGGACCUCCACACACUAAAAACUGGAGACCUCAGUUGCUUGUGUUGCUGAAAUUAGAUGAAGACUUACAUGUCAAGCAUCCUCGCCUUCUCACCUUUGCUUCACAGCUCAAAGCAGGAAAGGGUCUCACUAUUGUGGGCUCUGUCAUCGUGGGGAACUUUCUAGAGAACUAUGGUGAGGCUUUAGCUGCUGAGCAGACCGUAAAGCACCUAAUGGAGGCAGAGAAGGUGAAAGGAUUCUGCCAACUGGUGGUGGCAGCCAAGCUGAGAGAAGGCAUUUCCCACCUCAUCCAGUCUUGUGGCCUUGGGGGCAUGAAGCACAACACAGUGGUGAUGGGCUGGCCUAAUGGCUGGCGCCAGAGUGAAGAUGCUCGCGCUUGGAAGACUUUUAUUGGUACAGUUCGAGUGACAACUGCUGCCCAUCUCGCCCUGCUGGUGGCCAAGAACAUCUCCUUUUUUCCCAGCAAUGUCGAGCAGUUUUCUGAAGGCAACAUUGAUGUGUGGUGGAUUGUACAUGAUGGUGGGAUGCUCAUGCUAUUACCAUUCCUACUUAAACAGCACAAGGUGUGGCGAAAGUGUAGCAUACGGAUCUUCACAGUAGCCCAACUAGAAGACAACAGUAUCCAGAUGAAGAAAGACCUGGCCACCUUCUUGUAUCACUUGCGCAUUGAAGCAGAGGUAGAAGUGGUGGAGAUGCAUGACAGUGACAUAUCAGCUUAUACUUACGAGCGCACUCUGAUGAUGGAGCAGAGGUCCCAGAUGCUCCGGCACAUGCGACUAUCCAAAACAGAGCGGGACAGAGAGGCACAGCUCGUGAAAGACCGGAACUCAAUGCUACGAUUGACCAGCAUUGGCUCUGAUGAGGAUGAAGAGACAGAAACUUACCAGGAGAAGGUGCACAUGACUUGGACAAAAGACAAGUACAUGGCAUCCCGGGGACAAAAAGCCAAGUCAAUGGAAGGUUUCCAGGACCUGCUUAACAUGCGCCCGGACCAGUCCAAUGUGAGGCGGAUGCAUACAGCAGUCAAGCUCAACGAGGUUAUAGUUAACAAGUCCCAUGAAGCAAAGCUUGUUUUGUUGAAUAUGCCAGGACCACCCCGAAAUCCUGAGGGUGAUGAAAACUAUAUGGAGUUCCUAGAAGUACUCACCGAGGGACUAGAGCGAGUCCUCCUUGUUCGGGGUGGUGGCAGUGAAGUGAUUACCAUUUAUUCAUAAUCUACCCUGAAUGACUCUGCUUGGCCUCACAUUUCCUGGAGGCACUGGCCCUUUACUACCACUUCCACUGAACUAGAGAUCUGUAUUCUAUACACAUCCUACUGAACUCUUGAUGAGCUGAGCCUCAAGUACUUGUCCAAAAGGGUACAAAUAGAUCUGCUCUUUGCUUCCAUAUGACCUGCUGUCUUUAUAACAAAAGCAGAUAUUCCCUCAACAUUAGAACCAUGGUCAAGUCCUAAAAGCCAUGUCUUUACCAACUGAAGGCUGUUUAAAAUUAGCAAGCUAAGCCAAUAAAAUGCAUUGGCAAAGGCAUGCUAGAAAUUCAACUGAAGAUAAAAAGCAAGCACAUAUCCAGCAUUCAAGGUGAGUCUCAGAAGUCCAGAUGAUGACAUCAUGGGGUAGCAGAGUUGCGGCCUCAUCUUACUGAAGAAUCCAUGGCCAAGAAUAUAGGGCCCUGAUAUCCUUGUGGAGAUAAGGGAAGCCAAGAUGGAAACCUUUUUUAGCCAUUUUUCUUUAGUGUACCCAUCGCUCUCCAGGACUCUAAUUUUGUAUCAUGGUACUACUGUACAAAAACUGAAACAUGACUGCAGCCUCUACUUCCUCUAAAAUAAGAUUCCUUCAAAAUACCAGGUUUAAGUAUAUCUACUAUGUUGGCGUACGUUUCAGGUGUUUGUUCGUUUCUCUAACUCAAAACCUAUUCUGAGUUAAGACUGUAACACAGGCAGUGUUAAAUUGGAAAUUGCUUUCUAACAGGUAGAGUAAGAAUUCUUUCUUUCAGGGUCUUUUCAAAUGGCUGAACUAAGGAUACUCCAAAGAAUAGCUAUUAAGAUUUACUGAAAUAGUCUGUGGUUAUCUAUGUGAUGGGCAAAACACACAGGCUGUUAUCUAAGAAACAUUGACCAGUAGGUUCUCCUUUCCUUCUCCUUUUCAUGCCCACUGGGCUAAUAGGCACAGGUCAGAAAAAAAUCACAGUAAGAAACCAUAGGAAGACUGGCUAAAAUCCUUCCCUAAAAGCUUUGGACUAUCUAUUAAAGGGAGAAUCCAGCAAUGGAAUUAUAAGUUCUAGAGCCAUACUCUUCCCAUAGUGCCAAAGAUAAUGAGCUGCUACUCUCCUUACCUACUUUGCUAAAGUGGCAUACAAAUUGGUAUUGGCCUGAUUCAGGAAAAUUUUACUAAGAAACCUGUGGACUCAUCUCCAAAGCCAUAGUGAAGAACUGAGGCUUUCACCUAAAUGCCCAGAGUAUGAGGAUUUCCCCGUUUCUUUCAAUUUUAUUCUUCAGUCUGACUUAAGAAAUUUGGCUCUGAACUAAGAGAUUAUCCAAGCCAGAGGUCUUCCGCUAUUUGUUUUGUUUUCAGAAAGCUCUAAAUGUGCCAAGGAAUACUGCAAUCACAGCUUUCUUUACUAAUUUACCAAUCACAGAACACUUGAUUUUCAAGUAUACUACCCUUUGUGGCUGGGCAGUAAUUUCAAAUAUGUGAAAUCUUCAUUUCUUAAACAGUAUAGGUGUUUAGACAAACUCUCUUCUUAUCUAUGUUCAUUCAUGGUUACUUUUGAAUUUUGCUUUAUUAGUGAUAAGUAGUGCCAUUCUUCUCUGAUUACCCAGUCGGAUAUGGAGCAAGCUACCUAGGUGCCAGCAAUUAUUCUUUUGACACUUAGGAACAGAGAACAAAAUCCUUCAAUAUGGCUUAAGAUAUUGGGUCAUUUUGAUUUAUUCCCUUUGCUCUUCUUUCACCUCCAGGCCCACUCAGGGUAGCAAGGCAGACUGGACCUUAUGUCUUUUUUCCUACCCUCUCUGCAUAAAGUAGCAGCAUUGUUUACAGCUUUCAUCAAACACUCCCAUCAUUUAGUUGAGUAUAGCAGUGUCAAGAGAGGUCCCCUAAAACCCAAGAUCUUAAAAACCCAUACUAGAUCAGCCUGCCUAGGAAUUCCCCUAUGUUUACACAUACCCCUGGCAAAGUGAUAUGUAUUUGUUUUCCAUAUAGGACAAAUGUGGACAGAAAAUAAGAUUAAUUUUAGAAGAGCUCUGUGGUUGGAGCUUUUUCAGAAUCUUUUAAAGGGAUAAGGGAAUUAGUGGCCAUUACUGUAGCCACUACUUCAGUCCUUAAAACACAAAAUCACUGUUACAUGGAAGAAUGCUUUUUAGGCCAGACCUAUACUCAUUUCUGUCUAGAGCAUUUCAUAUUUGUAUGUGUUGCUUACAUUGUUUGUCUGUUAAGUGUCUUGUUUCUUUUAAUCACUGCAAAUAAAGCAAUACCGAAAACUGAUGAGAAUGCACCUUAGGGGAAAGGGCUUUGUGUUUCAAGAGAAAGGAGAGACCUCCUCCUGCCUUUUGAAUGAGGUCAGCCAGCUUUUAAGUCUUAGCUAUGAUGUUACCAGGGCAGGUAAUAAUACACAGUCUUCUACUGUUGGCCCUCUGCAUUCCAUAGCUAUCUUAAAAGUUGAAGUUAAAAUUACAGCAUCUGAUUGACAGUUACCACACUCCUCUUGGCAGAGGAAAGAUCACUAUCCUAUAUAUUCAAUUGCCUCAAAUUCUUGUGGCCCCAAGGAUCCCGCCAAUCCUCAUUCCCCCUAAAUAUGUUAAAAAUCCAUUAUUGUGGGUAUUAAAGUAGCAAUUAUACUAUAAGCAUUUUUAUGUACUCAUUUUGUCUGGUUUAUUUUCAUCAUGUAAAAUCUGAAUCCAGCAUUAGUUUUUCAUAUCUUCUACAAGUGUCUCCAAUGGAAUUUUUAUAUCACAGCUUAUGUUAAAUAGAAGUGAAAUAUUAAGGAAAAUAGAUUAGAUUUAAAGGAAACUGUGCAACUAUUUUGUUCUCAACCAUUUAAUUUAUUGAAAGGAGAAUGCUGCUGUGGUUCUUGACUUAGCAGCAACUAUUCUUUGUUUACAUAGUUACGGUUUUAUUUGUUGUUUUGCUCUGUAUUGGGAACAUAAAUAAAGUUUUCUACAUUAUUUUCAGUCAG